CAACCUCCAGGAAAUCAAUGACAGAACGAGGGCAGCAUCUCAAGCGUGCCGGACAAUUAGUUUUCGUCUAAGAAGCUUGCACUAAAUUGUCUUUCUAAGGGCAAAUCAUUCCUAUUAGAGGGAUAAAAAAGAGCCUUGUUGGCCGCGGGACAAUCUAAGACUUACAUUAGAUUGUGAAUGAAUGAGUGAGGAUAUACAAAGUGUCGAAAAUAGUGAAGAGGGGCUGCAAUGAUCGCAGCAGUUCCUCCGUACGAUUUUUGAGAUCAAUAAACUACAAAGUCGAAAUUCCUGAAGCUAGAAACUUGGAAAGAGCACAGAAAACAAUUCGGCCGCCUGUUGUGGGGAAAUGAUUGAUAGAUAUCAUCCAGUGCAUCUAUCUCGAUCUUUCAGUUUUUCUCGUCGAGGGCUUUGAGAACUUGCAAGAAACGCAAAGACCAUGCCUGGGCAAAGCGCGAAAGGUGAGCUAUCUCAUGAAUCUCUCGAAAAGCUAGCGAAAGAUUUCGAGACCGCACUAGCUCAUCACGGUGCAGCUGCUGAGGUGAAUCGGGCAGCUGCUGAGGUGAAAGAGAACGAGACACGACGCUUCACGGACGAGGAGCUACUAGAGCUAUGGAAGUAUCUCAAGGAAAAGUACCAGGGCGAAGAUCCGGAGCUGAAAGAGAAGGUAGAACAUGCCCAGGGUGUGUCUGGACCACUCAUUUUAGAGAACGUCGGUGAGUAUUUACAGGACAUCUUGCCGGAAGGGAGAUCAGUACCAGACCAUAAAUAUCCUGAGCAAAAGCGUCCCCACCCCAGAGUCAAGUUGGAAACAUAUUGAAGUACUAGGUAUAGGGGAAAAAAAUCAGAGAUUCUCCAGAAGGAAACUCUACAGAAGACCUACAGAAGGCAGCAGAAACCUUCUGAAGGUCAAAAAAACAGACGUAAAAAAAUAUCGAAUUUUUGAAGCAGAAUUCAAUCCUUUUUGCAAGAAAAGAAUUAAUUUUUGAAACCUUCAGUAGGGUUCAGUCUACCGUAGACCUUGCAUAAACUCUACAGUAGAAGUGGCCCCAAAAAAUUUCUUCUGAAGGUUUUAAACCUUCAGAAGGUGUAUACCUACAGCUAUGGAUAUUUUUGCCAAAAGUAGCAUUUUUUUUUGGUUUCAAAAGUGCCAAAGUGGAAAACUAUUGGACAAGGCUUCUGAAGGUUUUGAACCUUCUGCAGGCGAGUCUACUGGAGAAUGCCUCGAAAAAUUUUACGCGCACGACGCGAAAACCUUCAGUAGAGCCUGCUGAAGAACUUGGAAAAAGCUCCAGUAGACCCUUCUACUAUAGGCACCUACAGCAAAGCGAAAAAGUCUACUGUUGAGCCUACAGAAGCUCUUCGCUUUUUUCCGCUGUCCUGUGUGCGCUAUAUCUACUGUAGGCGCCUACAGACAGUAGAGGCAAAAUGCCUACAGUAGCGCCUGCGCUAGUUUUGACCUUUUUUGAGCUGUACGCGCUGCAAUUGAAGAGCGCGAUGCGCGGCCAGUCAGCGCAUUGCGAACCCGACCGCCGGGUUCGGACCAAGUAACAGUGUUUGAGGAGGUGGCACGCUAUCGCAUUCGAUUGCGAAAGCGCCGCAGCUAAAAAAUUUGCUGUCGUGCGUAGUCUGACAUGACUGCUCUCCAUCGGAAAACUCAAGUGGCAAAUCACAGAAAAACGAAGGAAAAACAUGCGUGAGCAAAUAGAGAACGAAAACGACUGCAGUCAACAAAUAAAGAACGAAGAACAUGUGUGAGCCUGUUUGUUUUUUCACUGUUUUCUCAUCGUGAACAAGGGCCGGAGGAAAUCACCACAGCGAAAAAACAACUGGCUCUGCAUAUUUUUCAUACACGGCUGAAAAAAUCUGAAGGGUCGAGGCAUGGUUUUCCCCACGGCGCAGCCGUGCGGAUUGGUACUUACCAACACAAAUCCAGAAGUUUUGGGAGUUACGCAUGACAAGUUCCUCUACUGUCAGAGACAUCUCAACGAUUCGUAUUUCGAUCAUCGUCAUUUCGAAUCGAUUUGAGACGUCAGAGACGCCCACUCUGUAUUCUAGUGCAGUUUAGCCAGGAAAGCCGCAUCACCGACCCAUUCGCUUAUCUUGUGUACAGCAUUGCAAAUGCGGAAUCCUGGCGAGCUAUAAACGCGUGCUUGCGAGUGAGGACCUGAAAAAAAGACAACUUAGCGAGAGGUGUGGAAAUGUGCUCGAGGAUGAUGACGAUGGCACUUGUGGUCCGUCUGACUCCGUGCUUUGGACGCCCGACCAUAUGCGGAAGGGGAACCUGCAAGGCGCGUUUCUCUGUGGUUUCGGUCGGUUUAAGCAUUACAAAUGCCGAAGCACGAUUGGAAAUGCCCCUCAUGGGGAUGCGCGUUACAAAUGCAAAUCUUUCUGUAAUUGCAAAUCUGCAUGACAACUUUUGGGUACUUUGGUGUCCGCCUGACGUAGCCCCCCUUCGUGUCAAGCCAUCUGUGGCCGGGGGCAGAGGGGGGGGGGGUCGCAAAGUGUGCUGCAAUUCCUUUAACAUGACAAUUCUGGGGUGGGGACGUUUCUACCCAGGAUAGCGUAAUUUCGGAACUCACGACUGUCGCGACGCAGUACUUUACCAACACCGACUCGAAGGCGUUGACUCAGCCAAUGUUAGACGGGGCGAUUGCUGCAUUUUUCGGAAACAAGGACGAGUUUAGCUAUGCUGCAAACGGCGCACAGAACACCAACGCCAAGAUGAAGGACAAGGUCAGCACCGAAAGUGCAGACACGACUAAAUUCCCCUGUAAACCUGUGGGAGAAGCGAUCUACGAUGCACUCACCGGAAUGUGGAAUGCUUUAAAGAGUGCAGACCAAACGGCAGCAGUAAAGAAUGUGAUGUCUCUAAUAAAGGAGAAUUCGACAUUGAAACUGACGCGAAAAGAUUUGUCCGACAGUCUGGAUGCCGCAAGGGAUAAGUGGGUCACGAAGCAGAAGGCGCGAAAAGAAAAAGGGGGUAACGGCACGAUCACGAAGAAGUUCGCAGUGCGACUUGUUGCGAUCCUGAAGGGCCUGCGUCCCGACGCUAGUGAUGCCGCUGUGUAUGCGCUGGCUGGCGUCGCAGCAAUGCACAUCGACCACAGUGUGGCGAGCCUUGAACUGCUGGACGAUAUCCAGAGAAAGGGGUAUUUUCCGAAGGCGGCGGAGUUCAAAUAUGAACAAAAAGACACAACAGCGGUAAAAAAAGGUGAAGCUGAAGAAUCCAGCAGCUUCGUUGCGACCUCUACAGAUGAUCAUACUUUUCUCGAGAGUAGUACUUCUUCCAACAUUGCCACCGUCCAUCCUGACAAGGCCAACAACCAUGUGACGGCUGCGGUAGACGGCUUGUCCAGUGCGAUAGAGCUCGUGCAGAACGUCCACGAUCAGGAAAGGCUGAAAUCCAAAGGAGAAAAUCAGGAUCGGAGUGGCGGCAGUACUUUUCCAAAAAGCGCACUUGCCAGCUCCUCCUCACCGUCGUCUCUGCAGCAAGAAGAGCCCUCCACUUCCCCCUCCGUUUCGUCGAUUAGGAAGAAUCCAGACGGUAAAGAUGGAAGUCGCACCAGCGUGUCCACUUUCGCGAAAGAAAAGGCAGGAAAGAUGAAAACGUCGAGCGUCCACAUCGACGACGAGGAGGAAGCGACUCGGGCGAAGACGUCGGGCACAAAGGUAGAAGAUGAGGUGAAGAAAAACCCAGGUGAAGAUGGCGAACAUACAUCUGGAUCCAGUUCAUCGCGAAGAGGGGCAAGCGCGGUAUCAUUGUCGGCCUCCGUCAACAAGCCCAAGCCAACGGCGAGCUCCUCGGCCACGACAUCAAACAUGUCGGGACAAGGCAGUACAACCACAGCUGUUACCGACAACGGCUCUUCGUCGCAGUUGUUGUACUCCUCGACAAGUCCUGGGAGUGCUACCGCGGAGUCGCUGCAUGCAACUCCGGCUUCUUCCAACACAUUUUCACUAACGAACGCGGCGGCCGGUUUGCUCGAAGACAUGCCACAUGGGGUACCUGAACCUGCAGCAGCGCAUCGAAUUCCGCAUGGCUCGCAGCAUCAUUCCGAUACCUUCGCCGCCUGUCUCACCGACGCCUACGAUUUCCUCGCCGCCGUGGGUGAAUACGCCUGGAAACAACUCCAAAACUUCUACACCUCGUUCCUGGUCAUGCUCCGCUUCGACCACCACCCGAGCGACUUUUCCUUGAUGGCCUUGUUUCUGUUUGUGGCAGUUACUGCGAGCUUACUCGUGUCCUACUUCUUGUACGGCUGGUGGCAGCGCCGGCGCAAGGAGCUGGAACGGUUGAAGGGCGAGGACGUGGCCGACAUCGAGAGCAACAUGCUGGGAAGCGAUCGUAUGAAGUGCUGGAAUGGUUGCUUUCUCUCCACUUUUCAACGCGAGUUUUCUCAUGGCAUGACUUUCUUACAGGCAAAUACAAAUCGGUAGCCGGCAGUUAGUUUGUGAAAAAGAGAAAGCAACUUCUACUGCCUUCCAUACACUGGGACCACAAUGCGAAUGAUCCGGGUGAUGAAGUAGACGGAGAUCCCAAUCAGCUGGAUGAACAAGUGCUGCAGCUCGACGAGGAGGGUCAAGAGCAGCUGCAGCUCCAAAUCGUGAACAUGCUGGCGGAGCUGGAGCGCCGUCGGGCUGUCGAAGCGGCCGCUGGAAACGGAGUUGCAACCUGGUUGACCCUAUCAAGUGCAAAAAUGUCUGGGUCCGGAAGAAUGCAACUUGUGAUGCUGAAUUUGGAUUCCAGAAAAAUCUGUAUUCCAUGAGCAGCAAAGGGAAUGCAAUUUUUGCUAUGCGGAGAGGGCAUUUGUCAUGCGGAAUAGGCAUCGCGAAGCCCUCAAAAAAUCUGUGAUGCUAGGGCAUGCAUCACAGACAUCAUGGCCAAUGCAAAACGUGCAUGACAAGUCUCAGAAUCUUCCAGACCCAGACAUUUUUACAUUUGAUAGACCGGGCUUUGUGCAUCAGCAUCGCACUGUACAACGCGGAAGUUUGGUCGGUUCAUGAACACGAUGCCAAGACCUUGCGUGAAUUCCAGCGCCACACCCUUCGCUAUAUUCUUGGGCUGUGGAAUUGGGAAAAUGCUCCAAGCACCGAAGACAUGUGCCGGGCCCUCGGUGUGCAAACGAUCGAAACCGAAAUUAGGGAGAAGCGCAUCGCCUGGGUCGCUCAUGCGGCGCGCGACUCUUCGGGCGAAGGGUCUCUAG